CCGAAGAGUCAAAAGAUAUUUGUAAACAAAGAUCACGUGUAGUAAUACAAGUUCAUUCAACAUCCUGUAAUCAUGGCUGCAGAGGCUGCUUUGGUUGCAAACCGUCUACAAGAAGCAAAAGAAAGCAAUAUAAUUGAUUUGACGAGUUGUGGUUUAAUGAAAGUUCCUGAUGCCGUGUACAUCUUCCUGAAGCACACACCUGUACAAUCAUGUUCAUUUUCAAAGAAUCAAUUAAAGAGAGUUCCACCACGAUUUCCCACAACAUUCAAAACAAUUCAAGAGCUGGAUCUGAGUGAUAAUAAUCUGUCCGAGUUCCCGGAGGAAAUGAGUGAGCUGACUUUCCUACAAACAUUGGACAUUUCUAGGAACCAAUUCACCUGUCUACCAGACAUUGUGUACCAAUAUUCUAACUUAAAACGACUGAAAAUCGACCACAAUCACAUCGCCGACAUUGAUGUUGAAAGGUUGCUACAAAUGCCUUCUCUCCAAGAAUUCGAUUUGCGCGGCAACCCGUUAACACCGGAAGUGGCAUGUCGUCUGCAAGAGUUAAAAAUCAAAGUACUGCUGGACAGGUUGGGAGAGGGGGAUACCUGACGAUAGUCUUAUUUAUAGAACAUUUAAUACAGAACACGUAUAGUACAAAAUAUCCGUAUACACAUUUCAAUGGUUAAAUAUGUUUUAGGUACUGUAUAUUUUUUACGUUUUAGUAAUCUACAUUGAGUCUUCCAUUAUCUAUAGAUAUUAGCACAAAAAUCUAAUGUUACAUCUCAAGAUUCUAUAAAUACACUGAAAAAAAUAUCAGUAUUAAAUAUAAACAUAUAGUACUUCUAAUUUUGUAUUGAAUAACAUAAUUUGUUGUAACAUUAAGCUUUGACGAUUGGUCAUUUUAUAUGUUAAUGCUUUAGUGCCAGUAUAUACAUACCGAUGAUGAUUGUUAAUUGAUGAAUAAUAUACAUGUCCUUAUCAUAUAAUUUACUCUUUAUACCUAUUUAUGAAUUAUAAACAAGUAUUGCUGUUGAUAUGAUGUGAUGUGAUAUCCGGUGUGUAUUGUUUGUAGCCACAGAUUUUAAUGCUAAUUAUAUUUUGAAGCAUAUUUUCCAUUGCCUUUUACAGCAUGGUCAGAUACCUAUUAUUAUGGUCACUUUUAGGGUGGUCACGAUUAUAAAAUUGAUAAUAAAAUGGCUAUUCCUUCAC